UAUAAAAAAAAAGGAAACGUGUGAGUCGCCGCAAGAAGCUUGAGCAGAAGCCCGUUUACUGGAGUAAUUCUGCGAUAAAAGACGAGUUUAUAAUCUGUUAUUAAGAAUGGCUUUGGUUUAACUACCAAACAUGGUAGUUAGCCUCGAACUAAUUCAUCUAGUGAAAGUCUGCAGCGGACAGGAAUGGGUUUGUUUGUGCGCUAGCUAGCGAGCUAGCGUUAGCAUUCAGAAUGGGCAUCUGAACGCUAACCGAACAAGCAAAAAUCUCAGUGUACAAUGACUGAAUCUUGAGAGUGCUUUCCCCUGGACAACGUGUCGACAAAGGAGAGUUUCUUUUGUGCCUUUUUUUGCGUACCUCGGGAGGCGUGUGGAUAUUGUUUACAUGAUGAAGAACUGCGAGUAUCAGCAGAUCGACCCUCGGGCUCUGUCGGUGUUGCCCUCGUCGGCUCAGAACCACAACGAGAAGAAAGUGCAGCGUCCCCGGAGGAAGUGGGAAGUGUUCCCGGGGAAGAACAGGUUUUUCUGCGAUGGACGGAUCAUCGUGGCCAGACAAAGCGGCAUCCUUCCUCUGACCCUGGGCCUUAUUGUUGUCACAUGUGGCCUUUUCUUUGCAUUCGAUUGCCCAUUUCUGGUGAAGCAUCUGACCGUCUUCAUACCUGUGAUAGGUGGGGUACUUUUUCUAUUUGUGGUCUUGUCCCUGCUGAGAACCAGCUUUACAGAUCCAGGCAUCCUACCAAGGGCGACCCCAGAUGAAGCAGCAGACAUAGAGAAGCAGAUCGAUACCUCAGGAUCCUCUACGUAUCGCCCUCCUCCGCGGACCAAGGAGAUCCUCAUCAACCAGCAGGUGGUAAAGCUCAAAUACUGCUUCACUUGUAAAACGUUUCGCCCCCCUCGGACCUCCCACUGCAGCCUGUGUGACAACUGUGUGGAGCGAUUCGAUCACCACUGUCCAUGGGUGGGGAACUGUGUGGGCAAACGCAAUUACCGCUUUUUCUACAGCUUCAUCAUCUCCCUGUCUUUUCUGACAUCUUUUAUAUUUGGCUGUGUCAUCACACACAUCACCCUGCGAACUCAAGCAGGCAAAAGCAUUGUUCAAGCCAUCCAGGAGAGCCCUGCCAGUGUGGUGGAGUUGGUGAUUUGUUUCUUCUCCAUCUGGUCUAUUUUGGGCCUCUCAGGCUUCCAUACUUACUUGAUAGCUUCCAACCUCACAACAAAUGAAGAUAUAAAGGGCUCCUGGUCAAGUAAACAGGGUGCAGAGGAUUCUGGGAACCCGUACACUUACAACAGUAUAAUCACAAACUGUUGUGCAACAUUAUGUGGACCCAUGUCCCCAAGUUUGAUCGACAGACGAGGUUUCCUUUCUGACGAAGCGAUCCCCGUCGUUUCAGCCUCAGAGAUCGAGCUGCCUCCCUUCACAGCCAAGAACGACUCACACAUGUGCACUCAGAGCACCAAGGACGUGCUGGAGAGGGUGGUCAACUCCUUCGACUCCCACAGCCUGUGUCCUCCUGGGACACCAAAGACCAGUCCUCUCAGUGUGGAGGUCUCCAGCGCCACAGCACCUUCAGCAGAAGCUUCACCCUUGGCCGGCUGCUCAAGGCAGCAGGACGGCCAGCCUGUGGCUGCUUCCUGCCCACCGUUCAGUAGAAACAGCAAGAGGGACUCGCUGCACUCCAUUAACCCGGCCUUCCGACUGGCUUCUCCCUCCCCGUCGAUGACUCGCGCCACUUUAAUUCUGGGCGAUGUACCGGACCUUGGCUUUAUCCCACUUCCCUGAGUUUUAAAGAACCCGAGGUGUUGCUGAACCUGUUGCUGCUCUGCAUCUCUGGCAGUGUUUCCUGCUAUACAAACUUUUUCAUAGUGGUGGUCAUGCUGUGUAUUUCAUUUGGUAUCUCAAGAUGUCACUGAUGAGUUAAAUUAGCAUUACCUGAAGGGUCUUUAUGUUCUGUGAGUUUUAGCAGCCCUGUCAUUCGCUAUUUUUUACUGUUUGGUGUCUCCACACUGGAGGUAUAUCUUAGUAAUACUUUGAAGCACAAUAUAGAGAUAUUUUUUUAACACCUUUUUACAAAAAUGCCCACAAACAUGCCUCCACACCUUCCACAGAACACAAAGCCAUACAUCACAGCUACAGUGUUUCAUCAGUUCUUGAUCAUAUCUUUAUGUAAACGGGUCUGUUGAUACUCAAAAUACAAAUGUGGAUGCAAGAGGAACAGAAGCAAAAGUAAAGAUUUACUGAAGCUGCAUGCUUAGAUAGGGAGUCAGUUUACGACUUAGUCUUAUGUCAUGACUGAGCAAUCUGAGUUGGAAUAGGGACAACAUGUUGUUGGUUUUAUUUUUCAUGUACACAUAUGGAGGUUUCUGCUGUAAAAUCUGUGAACAGUUCUGAGUGACUUGAACACCUGAUGAACUCUGAGACUAAAUGGUAAAUUGCUUGAUGUGUGGGCCAUCACUUUAGGAGACUUCAAAUAAGGAGAAGAGGCUGAAUGAAUGCGGCACAGCUUUUUCAUUUUAUGACUGAAUAGUAAUCGUCAGAAAUGUGUAGCCUUAGUUUCCACACAUAUGAUCACAUCUACUUUGUUGCUUUGUCAUAUACAUUAUACCAAAAUCAAAUUAGCUUCUGCCAAGCACGGUUUUGGAUUGAAGUAUUAAUAACUGGGAUGCUUUCAUCUGUGGGAUUAUCUGUUUUGUUGACUGUACGCUGCCUGUCACUUGUGUGUUGGUGGUUACAUUACAGGCUGAAGGUAUGGACUGUGUAAGUCAGGGUUAUGUAGGAAUGUUGAUUAUGAGGCCAGUUUAAGUGCAGGACAAGUUGUCAUUUUCAUAGCUGUGACCUUUUCCUGUUAAACCUGAAACUUAACCCUCCAACUGAGAGAGUAGAAGGCAGGAGUUAGGCUGUGCCACUAGGGGGCAGCAUGUAAAUAAAGAUGGUACGCUAUAGUCAGAACAUAAUUCAGUUUAACCAUAAAAGAAAGGCCUUUUUUAUGUUUUUAUUUCUUUUUCUUAUUGAGCAUUACAUCUGUACAUAGGAUGGAUCCGUGAAAAUACUUUUUCCAUAGUCACUGGUAGCUUAUUUAUCAGUAUGCAUCAUAACCCUUAGGUUGUGUAAUAUUACAAGCAGUGCUUGUAUGAACAAACUUGUUUGAAUUUUGUAGGAUGUAACAGUGGAACUGUAACAUUUGGUCAAUAAAAAUAUCAGCUUCGUUGAA